AUGGUGGGAGUGACUGUUGAUACUGACGUUUCUCACCUAACUAAACAGCAACAGAUCUCUAGGUUUCGAAAACAAGAAAGACUCGGGUCGCCAGCAUUUGCUGUCAAUUCCGAAGAACGGACUGCACGAGUCAAGGAUGCUGAGCAGGAUGAUAAAAAGGCUAGACGGCCAGUGAACCGUUCAGCUGCGCACAGAAGUCACCUCUUCGGCUUGGAUCUCCCGCUUCGAUUGGGACGUUCCCAGACCUCGGAGGCUAGGCCAAAGCAGCGCUCAGACGAACGUCGCGCGGACCCCCUAGGAUUAACCGUCCUUUAUGAGCCAGAGUCCUCUCCAUCGGCAGACAUUGUCUUCAUACACGGUCUGGGGGGUACAAGCCGCCAUACCUGGUCCAAAAAUCGCGAUUUACAGCUAUUCUGGCCCCGUGAGUGGCUCCCAUACGAGCCUGGCCUAUCAUCAGCUCGUGUCAUGACCUUCGGUUAUAAUGCUCAUUUUUCCUCCCUGUCACACGGAAAAGCGAAUAUUCUCAACAUUUCGGACUUUGCAAAGGAUUUGCUAUUCUGCUUGAAGUUCGCAGCCGGGAAAGACGAGCGCAAACUCAACAUUGGAACGGUACCCAUCAUAUUUGUUGCGCACUCUAUGGGAGGUUUGGUGGCGAAGAAAGCUUUCAUCCUCGGCCAGCAUGACGAACAUUACAAUGAUCUCAUUCAGGCGGUAUCGGCUAUCGUCUUCCUUUCAACACCGCAUCGUGGAUCCGAGCUUGCGGAAGCUCUGAACAGAAUCCUUUCAGUAUGCAUCGGCUUAUCUCCGAGAGAAUUUGUGUCCGAACUCGCUACAAACUCGCGAACCCUCCAGGAAAUCAACGAGCAAUUUAGGAAUUUGGCUUCGAGAGUGUCAGUUGUUUCCUUCUUUGAGACCUUAGAGACGGCCAUAGGGUUAUCUCGAGUGAUGGUGCUUCAGAAGGACUCUUCCAUUCUCGGGUAUCCAGGGGAGAUUUCAAAACCUCUCGAUGCCGACCACCACGACGUUUGCAAAUAUACAAGUCAACUGGACCCGAAUUAUAUUAGCGUCCGCAACAUCCUCAAAUACUUGGUGGAGAAAUACGGUUUGCGAGAUCGGGUGAAAACCGAUUCUGUAGAUGAACUCCAUAAGAUUGCUUUGGCUCUGGGGCCCGUGGAGGAACCAACGGACGAUCUCAUGUUCUUCACAAGCAGAAGAAUGACUGGCUCUUGUGAGUGGACAAACAGUGACCCGACGUUUACCUCUUUCUUCGGCGACGAAGCGGAGCAACCUCGAUGCCUUUGGUGCACUGGCCGUCCAGGAUCGGGCAAAUCUGUUCUUGCAUCAUCCAUCGUCCAAUCUAUCCAGGAGAGGGAUUUCGACGUGGCAUUUUACUUUUUUCGGUUCGGAGACCACAUCAAGAACAAUAUUAACUCCUUGCUUUUGUCCUUGGCAUACCAGGUUGCCGCUAGUCUGCCAGAAUAUCGCCGGCACUUACUCCGUCUUUCUGACGACGGCCUCAAUGUCCAAAAGUCGGCACCCCGUCUUUUGUGGCAAAAGCUCUUUAUUUCAGCCCUUUUUAAAGUCAAGCUAACUCGGCCCCUGGUAAUCCUUAUCGAUGGACUAGACGAAUGUGAUUCGGCAAGCAUGUUAUUGAAACUGUUGGAAGAUCUACAUACGUUUCCAGGUCCUGUGAGACUUAUGGUAUUCAGUCGCGGCGUCCAGAAUCUUUCUUCUGCAUUUGAAAAGUUAUCGAAGAGGCUACCAAUUCGUCAUCAUUUGCUUGAGAAUAUGACUGACGACCUUCGAAUGUACGUGGAGGAGGAAAUGACGACGAUGCGGGGCGAUGAAGAAUUUAAGCUCACAGUUGUAGAGGAGCUCGUGCGCAAGGCUGAUGGAAAUUUCCUAUGGGCUAACCUGGUGCUGGCUGAGGUGCUACAAUGUCACACUGAAGACGCGGUAUUCAGAGCGCUGGUGGAGGUCCCCAGCGAGCUCGAGGCUUUGUACGAACGUGUGGACACGAAGCUCGCGCAGAACUGCCGCCCAUCGGAUCAAGCCAUGGGUAAAGCCAUUAUCAUGUGGAUAGCUUGUGCCAGGCACCCUUUGACGCUGUUAGACUUGGCCGAAGCUUUACGACCGGAGCACACCAAGAUCAUCGACCUAAAGUACACCAUCAGUCGUGUUUGCGCAGAAUUUAUCCUCGUGGACAGCAAGGGUGUUGUAUCAAUGGUUCACUCAUCCGCUCGGGACUGUCUGUUACAGAAUCCUAAUCUCAACUACCACGUUCCUCGAGGCGCUUCACACCAAUCCAUAUUCUUCAAAUGCAUCACCAAGCUGAUCAAUGCGAGCCCAAAGAUCCAAGCGGGCCAGGUCAAGUCUCAAGCAUUCUUGUUAUAUGCGGCAACCUCAUGGCCAUUCCACUUAGAACAAAGCUUUGAGUUCACUGGGGCUUCUGAUCAGGAAUCGCUUGUUCUUCUGGUGCGAUUCUUCCAAAGCCCCGCUGUCCUCGGUUGGAUAUAUCUGUUGUCGGUUGCUGGGCAAUUGCGACUCUUAGUCCAAGCUUCAAGGAAAUUGGCCAGUUUCCUCAAAAAUGUCGAUCGAUUAAACGUAGCCCGAAAUUCACUUACUCAACACCAAAGGGACAAAGAGGUCUUAGACUUGUGGAGCAUAGACCUUAUCAGACUGGUCGGUAAAUUCGGCUCUCAUCUUAACGAGCAGCCAAAGCUCAUUUUCAAACUUGUGGCACCCUUUUGUCCUCGAAAUUCUAUGAUGUACAAGCAAUUCGGUGACCGGACGGCAAGUUUGGGUAUGUCAGUCUCUGGCCUGUCGACGAAGUCUUGGGAUGACUGCCUUGCAAAGUUCACUGUUCACGGUCUCAAGUCCCCACUCCAGAUCAAAUGUGCAAACCGCUACUUUGCCAUCUUGCUAUCGGAUGGGACAGUCCAGCUGUACCAUGCGAGUACUUGUGAAGAAGCUGGAACUUUUCAUCAUGGUGAGAGGGUCCUGGCGUGGUGCUUCAAUACUGUUGGCGACAAAAUGGUGACAAGUGGACUCACCAAGACUAUUGUUUGGGCUGCUGCCACUGCGCAGCAGCUGUCUUCUUGUGCCAAUCCUCGUCGAUCCAAAGCCCUAACCAUCACAUUUGUGAACAAUGAUGAGACGCUGUUAACGUGUUGCGAUGAUCGCACCAUCCGGAGCUUAAGUCUUGACAGGCCGGAUGAAGGCUGGCAAGUCAUGGAGCAUGUGCUUGGGGAGGGAAGAUUCGAGGGCAAGGAGUUAGGCUCCCCUCGCUGCGCUUCUUUCAAUCCUUCGGGUUCCCAGAUUGCAGUAACAUAUCGCGCAGUCCCACUCAUGAUAUGGUCACUUGAGGAGCCACGGCCCCAUUUAUUAGGGAGGUGCCAAAGAGUCGUUGACGGUCGUCAAGCACUCAGCAGUACCACUUCAGACAUCCAAACGAUCACUUGGCACCCAAUGACGGGCCAUGUAGUUGGUAUAUAUAACGACGGGUGUGUAUUCAAGUGGCACCCCUUCGAAGGCGACUAUCAAGAAUCAAAUCUGUCCGUUGGCAAGGUGGAGUGUAGCCCGGACGGGAAGUUCUUCGUGACAAGCAGCCGGGAUGGCACCCUGCGGAUUUGGGAUUUCUUUCACUUCUCGCCAAUCUACCAGCUGUCGUAUUCGGCUCCGGUGGCAAGUCUAGCUAUUGAUCCGAACGAUACUAGGAUCUAUGAUAUUCGAGAAUCCUUUUGCAGUGUGUGGGAGCCCAACGCCCUGGUGCGUAUGUGGGAGACGGAAGACAGAUCCACCGAGACCAUGAGCAAUCGGAAAAGCUCUUUGACUUCUCAUGUCUCUGAGACCAGUUUCGAGACGCUCCAACCUAUCACUAUGCUUGCAGUGGAACCUAGUGGUCUAUCAUACGCAUCUGGUAACGAUGAUGGCCUUGUGGUCCAUUUCACAAACGAAGGAAAUGCCGUGUCCGAACUUUUUCAGACAUUUAUGGCCGUCGAUCACAUUUGCUGGAGUACUGAUGGCCGCUUCGUAGCAGCAGCAUCGAGCAUGGGGCGCCGACUGUUUGUGAAGCAGGUCAACCAUUCGGAUCCGACUGAGAAGCCGAAGCCGGUCAUGACCGGUAGGGAAGACGAAGUGAUCAGGCAGAUACUGCUGAGCUCGAUGGGAGACUUUCUCUUGGUCGCUACAGACCGCUUCAUAAACAUAUGGGCCACCCAUAAACAGCAAAUUAUCUCUACAAGACAACAAACGGCAUUGCACCGGUGGCUCAAUUCUCCAGACGAUGCCACCAAGGUGAUCGGAUUCUCUUUUCAGGGGGUCCAGAUAAUCGAUUGGCAAGAUGCUACAAUAAUGAGACGAAUAGCCCUCGAUCGGUCACUGGUGGAUGGGGCGGUUGCCCAGCCGGGUCUUGCAUGGAUGCACAGAAGACCCUCAUCACAAUACCCUAUAAGCCCCUCUGAGACCCAGGAAGUCGUCGACAAGAUAAUCUACACAGUCGACGGUACAAUGGCGCUGGUGGCGACCUCACGCAGCACGCAUCAAGGCCGGUAUGAAAGGCAGCACAUGCUCAUCAACGUAACCAAUUUGAUGGGGAUGACACACUCCUCAACGAUACCGGCGAAUCCCUUACCUUUGGAGCUGCAAACACAUAUGGCCAAGCCCCUCGGCUUCCUCGAGGUCGACAAUAUCGCCCGCGGGAGGUUAUACGCUAACACAACACCGUCAACAGCUGGAACAAGACCGACGACACAUCACGUCCUGGCGUUCUUGGACCACAACUUCUGGGUGUGCACGUACACGAUGAAUGAAUCGAACCAAGCCCGUGGCCGUGUCAAACGCCACUUCUUCCUCCCCCGUGAUUGGAUAAACCUAGACUGGUUGGACCUAGCCAUUAUGCGCCCAGACGGCGUCCUGUUGUGUCCUAGAAAUGGAGAGAUCGCGCUGGUUGAGAACGGCGUCCGUGAAGAGUGGUUGGAUUGA